GGAAAGGGAAAAAAGAGAGGAACCAAACAGGAGAAGAAAAGUUGGGGCAUUGACCUCCUGAACCUCCAAACAUCAACCGGCAACUUACAUCAUCAUGGACACAGACGCUGGCCUCCAUCUUUCAGACAGCUCCUCGCAGCAUCAAGACACGGAGUUGUUCUCGACUGAAGAAGACAGCAGUCUCUACUUUACCUACAGCGGAGGGUGCAAUGAGCUGGAGGUCAACAACCUGCACUAUGAGGUUGACACAGCGGCUCAGAUCCCCUGGUAUGAGAGGUUGUCGGAGUUCAAACUGCCGUGGGAGAUAAAAGGAAACAAGCAGACAGCCAUCAACAAGCUCAGCCUCCGAGUCCGCAGUGGACAGAUGCUGGCCGUCAUUGGAAGCUCAGGUUGUGGUAAAACAUCUUUGCUGGACAUAAUAACUUGCCGUGAUGAGGGCGGUACGAUGUCGUCGGGUCAGGUUCGGAUUAACGGGAAGCCUAACACGCCCCAGCUGGUGAAGAAGAACAUCGCUCAUGUCCGCCAAGACGACCGUCUUCUUCCUCACCUCACCGUCCGUGAAACUCUCGCCUUUGUCGCCAAACUGAGGCUCCCCACACACUUCACACAGGCUCAGAGGGACCAGAGGGUGGAUGAUGUCAUCGCUGAGCUGCGGCUGCGACAGUGUGCUCACACCCGGGUGGGAAACGAUUAUGUGAGGGGGGUCUCUGGAGGAGAGAGGAGGAGAGUCAGUAUAGCUGUCCAACUUCUCUGGAACCCUGGUAUUUUGAUCCUGGAUGAGCCCACGUCAGGUUUGGACAGCUUCACAGCCCACAACCUGGUGAUCACGCUGUCCCGCCUGGCCCGCGGAAACCGCCUGGUCCUGCUGUCGGUCCACCAGCCCAGGUCAGAUAUCUUCCAGCUCUUCGACCUCGUCGUCCUGAUGUCGUCGGGUUCAGCCAUUUACUGUGGCGCUGCUCGUGACAUGGUGCCUUACUUCACUGCCUUGGGAUACCCCUGCCCUCGAUACUGCAACCCCUCUGACUUCUAUGUUGAUCUGAUCAGUAUAGACCGGCGCAGUCGGGACCGUGAGGCAGAGUGUUUGCAGCGGGCAUCGAUUCUGGCUGAGCAGUUCAUGGAGAAGGUCCGAGACACAGAGGAUCACAUGUGGAAACCAGCUGAGACCGACACAGCAGCAGCACAAACUGAAAGCCAUCAGCAGCUGAGAGCAGUUAAAGGUGAGGAAGUAAUCAAUAUUUCCCAGCAAAGGGACAGACUGCCUGGCAAAGUACAACAAUUUGCAAUACUUAUCAGGCGUCACAUGUAUAAUGACUACAGAGACCUGGUCACCUUGUUGGUCCACGGCUUCGAGGCCCUCCUCAUGUCACUGCUGGUCGGUUGUCUCUACUACGGGGCGGGAGAAGAGCGUCUGUCCAUUCAGGACACCGUGGCCCUCCUCUACAUGAUCGGUGCCCUCACGCCAUUCGCUGUGGUGCUGGACGUCAUAGCUAAAUGUCAUUCAGAGAGAGCCAUGCUUUUCCACGAGCUGGAGGACGGCAUGUACUCAGUCUCCUCUUACUUCUUUGCUAAGGUCCUGGGGGAGUUACCAGAGCACUGUGUGUUCACCUUGGUCUAUGGCCUACCCAUCUACUGGCUGGCCGGGCUUAACGAGGCUCCAGAGCGUUUCCUGCUCAACUUCCUGCUGGUGUGGCUGAUGGUGUACUGCAGCCGAGCCAUGGCUCUGUGUGUUGCUGCCUCGCUGCCCACCCUGCAGACCUCAGCCUUCAUGGGCAACGCCUUGUUCACUGUCUUCUACUUGACUGGAGGGUUUGUCAUCAGCCUGGAGAACAUGUGGCUCGUGGCCUCAUGGAUCUCCCACGCCUCCUUCAUGCGUUGGGGUUUCGAGGGCAUGCUGCAGGUGCAGUUCAGAGGAAACAAGUACCCCAUGACCAUCAUGAACAUCACCUUCAACGUUGACGGCAUACAUGUGGUGGAGGCCAUGAACAUGAACCAGUACCCUCUGUACUCGUGUUACCUGGUCCUGCUGGGAGUCUGCUUGGGCUUCAUGGUGCUCUAUUUCUUGUCCCUAAAAUUCAUCAAACAGAAGUCCAGUCAAGACUGGUGAAUACAUCUGGACCAGUUUGAGCUGUUAGAGCAAACAUUACCUGAAAUCACACACAACAUGAUGGGCAGUGUUUAACUUUGGGAAGUUUUUUUUGUUUGUUUGUUUUGGUUGCAGCAAUGGAAGAAGUAAUUUGGGUUCCAGUUCGACUGGUUCGACACUGAGCCGUGCUUUCAUUUAUCAUUUUACUGUUCCUAAUAGGAUGCUUUACAGUGAGGAGGAGCAACAUUUACAAUUUCACAGUAUUCCCAACAUCAAAAACUCCUGUGCUCCUUUUUAAUGGUAGAAACACAACACCUCAGC